UGUGUAGUGUCGUCAUUCGGUUUUCAUUAAGGACAAAACCCAAAUUGUCCCUUUGCCAUUUGCGGACUUUUGGCUUCUGAAUAAUUCCAAUAUGGUCUCAUCGUGUGCAGUUCCUCGGUGUAAAGUAUCCGAGGGAGAGGCCGCUUUCAAGUUUCCUCAAGAUCCAACUCUGAGAAGGCAAUGGUGCGUGGCUAUCAAGCGGCAAAAUAAGUAUCGCCGCCUCUGGACCCCAAGUUCCGAGCACUAUCGCGUGUGCCAAAAACACUUUUUGCCCGAAUCAAUUGGCGUGAAAUCGCUCUUCGGUCAAGAGCGAAAGUAUCUAUUGGCAGGUUCAAUUCCCUGUCUGAACAUACCAGGGAGAAAUACGAGCAUGACCCGCACAGAGCCAUCUCGCCGCCACAUUCGAUAUGUUCAGAGGGCGAAGCAUCGCACUCCAAAACAGAACCAAGACAAAACCCAACCUGUUCGAAAGACUGCUGAAUAUCACGUGAACAGGGAUUUGUUUUUGGGUACGGACAAUAUGCCUACCAGCUCGUCGACGGCAAUCUCCAGUGCCCAAGCCCUCCGAACCUCAACUGCCAUGACAACAGAGAACUCACCCAGAGUUAGCACCUAUACCAUAGGUGUGGCUCGACCGACGAUCUCAUCGGUGAGCUCCAUGGUGAACGUGGGGGGCAGAUCCAUGGUGUUGUCAUCGGGCCUCAGAGGGGCGCCCAUGUCCAUCUCACUGGCCAAAUCCACUGGCCCCAAUGCUCGGUAUCAAACGCAACCGCAAAUCACAUUGGCCCCCAAGAUCACGAAACCCACCUUUGGCGUCACAGGUCAGGAACGCGAAUUGGCCUUGAACAAUUUCGAAGAGUUCGAUUGUCACGGGAUCGCGGUCUUCAUCCACAAAGGCCCCUCUCUCUCCGUGUACAUGUCUUGUCCCGUCUGCAAGGUCAUGUGUACCAAGUCCUCCCUGAGUUGGCAUCUCCAGCGAGCUCAUGGCGUGGCUUACAUUGCCUGUUCCGGGGUUCACUGCGUAAAUUUCCGCUGCAAAAUCGAAGAGUAUAGUGCUCACAUCGCCCAAGAACACUCCCAAGCCGUGUGCGAGGUGUGCGAGGUCGAUUUUCAUGUGGAUGACUAUGCCCAACACAUAGUUCGACAUGAUCUCCACGCCCGCACCGACACCAUCUUGAUGCCCAAGGCCUUGCAGGCCAAGAUGAAACUCCGACCCCCCUUAUCAAUAGAUUCAAAUGCCUUUUCCCAGUUAAACAUGGAGUACGUGAACAUCAACUUUCGAUCUCGACCUCGACCCGCGGCCAUUCUCCUGCAUGGCGAUAUUGUCCUCAUCGAUGGCAUCAAAUACCUCAUCAAGGACUUCAUCCCUUUCCUCGAAUGUCCCAUUUGCGACAAGCUCGUGGCCAUUCAUGUCCUCGGGGUGCAUGUCAAGGUUGAUCAUGAUAUUGAAAAAAUCCGAUGUCCUGCUCAGGUUUGCCGGGUUCCACUCGAAACCGACGAGAGUCUUCUCACGCAUCUCAUGAGCGAGCACGGGGCCUUCACGUGCAAAUCCUGCCAGCGUUUGGUGUUCCUUCACGAGGUGAAGACCCAUGUCAAGUCCAAGUGUCAAAUGAUCCCUCAGACCCGGGCGGUGCCCAAGGCCAUCACGGCCAAUCGAUGGGCGGGCAAGAAUGAAAACAACAGGCUCAUGGUCAAGUGCGAGUAUUGCUUGAUAGACAUCCCGGAAACCAAGUAUCGGCCGCAUAUGCAAAACAAUCACAUGCCUCGGAUUACGUGUGGGAUUUGCCAUGAGGUUUACAAGAGGAACGAGUUCUGGGCUCACAUUCAGAAUGAUCACAAGGGGCGAACCUCUGUGGGCGAGGGGUGUAUCAUUUGUGGCGAAAGUGUACCCAAGAUGAGGGACCAUCUGCGGGUUGAGCACGAUUUGUCCCUGGAGGCCGCUAAAAUCGUGACCAAGAACUUUUACGGAGCGUCCGUGAAAUCGCUGAGUAUUCGAUUGAAUCGUGUGAAUGAGAUGACAAAAUAAUAAAAACUGAAUUAAAUCUGAUUUGUAGCUUGUGAAAAACAGAGGCUCAUUUUGAUUUUUUAUUUUAUUUUAAG